UCUCGAGGUAGUUUGGUUGAUUCUUUUAAUUUACCAAACCUAUAAUCAAACAGUCUUUUGAUCGGUAGUGAAUUCACCGGCUGCGGUAUAGUAUAUGAUUCGUGUUUAACAAAAUCACUAAUUGGAUUGGUAUUAGCUACAAAAGACAUCUUAUCUAGUCUUAACCAGCUAUUGAGAUGAUCGUGUUAGGCUUUUGUGAUAAUGAGAGAGUGAAUCCUUUUGCCUUUUUUGCACCAACUUUAACCACCAACUCAGCAGCUAUACCCUUAACUUUAAAGAAGAAUCUGGAUUUAAGAAUGGGAAAAUUUUUUGAUAAACUGAAAAAUUAUCAAACCUGAAAAUUUUUUGAUAAACUGAAGGAAAUGAAAAAUUAUCGAAAAGGGCAAUAACAAAACACAAUUCACU